GCUUUGAUCUUGAGUGGUUUCCGGUCGUCCUAGAUGGCUUUUUAUCAGUCGCAGCUGAAAUUCUUCGUCUUCUCAUGUAAGUGUUAGCCGUUCCCGAGAUAGCUUGCCACUUUCUAGGUCGGCGUACAAUUAUCGGGGUGAUCCAUAUGCUAGGGUAACGAUCACCCUUGGCAUUCGGAAUCCGUCAGCUGGUAAGGAUUCCAGAUCCGGGUAUGGUUAAGGAUGUAAAGUGAUAUAUAGAUGCCGUUCGUCAACGUUAAUGCUGUGAUUAUGAAGUUAUCCCACCUAGAUCGCGGAUCUGUCUUGUUAGUUGACGAAGAUGCCUUCAAAAGCUUACCUAUUUUUAUCCUUCCUUCUAGCUUCGGCUCAAGCUAGGGAUAUCCCAUCCAACCUACGGAAUUUCUAUAAUUCAGUAGUAACGCAAGGAUCAUGCAAAAAGCCAUUACAGGGAGGCUUCUAUGAUAUGGCAGGGAGUAGUGACAAUAGCUUCGCCUAUUGCGGUGACCACCUAGAUGACUACGGCAUCAUCUACUUACAAGGCGGAAAUGGGAAGUUGGCCAACAUGGACAUCGAUUGCGACGGAGACAUAAGCAAGAACGAUGACGGCCGUUGCGAUAACGCCCACUCAACCCAAAGCACGACAUCUUUCAAGCGCUAUGUGUCAGCGUAUAAGAAUGGUGUUCCGGACUUGAAUCCUUUCGUCCACGACUACGUAGUCUUCGGAAACAGUGGAGACAAGGAAGGCUGGAUCACAUUUGACCCUCGCGAGUACGGCAUGCAGCCUUUGAGCGUGAUGGCUGUUGUCUGCAACAACAAGCUGAUUUAUGGCAUUUGGGGAGAUACGAAUGGCGACGAUGGCGUGAACGCCAGAAUCGGCGAAUCGUCGAUUUCAAUCGGGACUCUGUGCUUCGGUACUGGUAUUAACGGAGAGGUCGGCUAUGACCACGAAGACGUCUUAUACAUUGGAUUCACCGGCUCCGACGCCGUCCCCGGCGAUAAAGCGAACUGGCGUGCGGCUGAUGAGAACAAGUUCCAAUCAAGUAUUAGCAAAUUUGGCGACAAGCUCAUCCAGAGGAUCGGGAAAUCUUAAUGCUUCCCUAAGUGCUCCUU